AUGAUUAUGCUUUUUGAUGAGCAGCGCAGGCCUCACCAUCCGAGCUGCCUCGCGUGCUGCUGCUGCCGUCAGCCCCUGCUGGGGCGCUACGAGAUCCACGCGUUCUUCGGCAAGCUCGACACUUACGAGGCGGCCCUGUCGGGCGUGCCAGCGCUUCUGCCGCUCCCCGCCGGCCUCGCCGCCGCCCUCGGGGCAGAGAGGCGGGUGGCGAAGCUGCCGUCACACACAGCCGGCGCGGACGGGGUGUCGCAGCAAGGCACCAUAACAGCCAAGCACGGAGGCCUCUGCUGCACGUGGUGCGCAGAACGCGUUCCACGGUGUAUCUGCUGCGAACGGCGGUGCGUCGCGUACCAGACAGCCGACGGAGAGCAGGUGCUGCCUCGCGCAGUCACCAAGGAGGCUAUCCCGGCCGCGAAUCUGGCGACCGCCAUUUCGCUGGGAAACAAGAGGCCUCCUGCGCACGUCUCAGACCAAGGCGGGUUCGCGGCGUCCUCGAAUAAAAAGACUCCCGCGAAGAAGUCUGCCGGCGCGGCUGCCUCGUCGGAACUGCUCGGCGAGCAAAAGGGAGUUGUGUGCGGACAGUGCGCGAGUCUGCCCCAGGUGACGGACGAGGCGGAACUCCGCGCCGCGUGCGAGUGGGUCUUGCAGAUGUAUUCUCAGGCUGGCCUCACCUUCACUGCGGACAUGGUGCGCCUGCAGCAGCUGAUGCGAACGGUCAAUGAAGAGGAGCUGCGCAACACGAGUAGCGGCAAGGGUGCGAAAGGCGCGGCCCCUCUCCGGGCCCGCGGCCAAGGCUCUGCGGUCCCGUCAACUGUGAAGUCGACCUCCACGCAUGCAAACAGGUCGCUGCCGCCGCAGAAAAUGAAGCGAGGCGUCAAAUCCGCGGCUGUCUCAACCCAGAUCGAGGGCCUCGGGGUGCCUGUGGAGCUCGUCGAUUUCAGCGACAUGAACGCCGACGAAGGCCGCCCUGCAUGCGGCAAAGCUGCGUCAAAGGCGUCCUCUCUGACGGCGUCUGCGGGCGCGGCAGGAGGGCCGCGGUCUGCCGCUGGGUCUCGGAGACCCCCAGGGGCGAGCUCAGGUGCUUCGGCGCUUGCGGGUCGACGCGUCGCUGGCCCCAAGCAGGGGAUGCCGCGCUCCCUCGAGGCAGGGACCGCGACCCCCUACGCCCGCGCUAUGUUUGGUCGGUGCUUCGUGCAAGUCGUCACCAUGAUGGUCGCGCCUGAGGCUGCGGCAAGCUUCGAAGACGAAGUGAAGGCGCAUGUGAAGCUGGAUAAAGCUGCCCGAGCUGCGCGCAGCGAAAGCGACGCCUACGGCGCGCGCGGGGCGGCGGGCGCAGCGACCGGCAAGGGCGCGGCGAGCUCCUCCGGGGGCGACCAGGACCACGUCCGGCUGAAGCACCAGUCGACGCUCGUUCGUCAGGGCCUUUUCGACAUGGCUGCGGCGUACGCAGCGGCGCUAGAAGGGGAGACCCAGGCGCAGGAGAAGUCCGUCCCGAAGCGUGCAGAAACGCUGCCGAAGAACGAAAAAGACGCGCGGCGGCCUGGGCGCGAAGCGGCGGUUGCCGCCGGUGCGCUCCUCAGGGCGGGCUCGUUUGCGGGGGGUUUAAUACGGACGAUGAGCGGCACGCGGACGCGCGGACUCAGCGUGCGGCUGGUCGAGAGAGUCUGCGUUGUGGGCUCCAUCCCGAGAGUCAUGGUCAUGCAGCACCUUGGCCACGAGUGGCUGCAUGCCUAUCUGGCGUGCAAGCAGCGAGGGGUUGGUGACUCAACUAUCGAGGAAGGCGCGUGUAACGUGGCUGCAGCAGAGGUGCUGCUGAGAUUCGGCGCUGAGCUCGCCGCAGCGGGUGGGCGCGUGCAGAGCGCAAAGGCGAGCGGCGACUACUCAGAGGGCCCGGCAGACGCCGCAGCCCCCGCAGGCAUGCAGCACGAAGUUGUCAUUGUGAGGUACCGACUGUGGAAGAUGAAGGAGAGCAAAGACCCAGUGUACGGCGCAGGCUACCGGCACUGUCUCCGCAUCGUCAGCUCUGGGGACUGGUCUUUUGGAGAGUUCGUCCGCUGGUUGCUGAAGAACUAG